AUGCCUCCUUCAAAGAAGAGAAAGACAAACACCGGGUCCGCUGCGGCGGAAGAUGCGAAACCGACCGCGAAGACGAAUUCUGCCCCCCUAAAAGAAACUGAGACGACAGAGACUGAGCCUAAUCCUGCCAUAAAAGACGCCCCUCCUGCGCCCACAGAACCGGUAGGAGCAUCAUCAUCAUCACAGCCCACAGCAGAAGAUGCCGCCGCGAAGGCCAAAGAUCGCAUGGCUCGCUUUAAGGCCCUCAAGGCCCGCGCCAAAAGCUCAUCCGACCAAAACUUCAAAGAGGCGACGCUCGAGUCGCAGCGUCUCGCGUCCGACCCGAGCCAGCUCACGGCCAUCCACCGCAAGCAGGCCAUCGCGUCGCAGAAGCUGCUCAAGGCCGACGUCGAGGACGCCGGCGGCGACUUUGAGCGCAAACGCGCGUGGGAUUGGACGAUCGACGAGAGCGAGAAAUGGGACAAGCACGUCAGGAAGAAGGAGGCGCACCGCGAUAACAACGCCUUCCAGGACUACACCGCCGAGAGCAACAAGGUGUACAAGCGCCAGCUCAGGAAUAUCGCUCCGGAUAUGGAGAAGUAUGAAAAGGACAAGAUGGCUGCCAUCGAGCGCGCGGCUGCCUCGGGCGGCCUCGACAUCGUCGAAACAGAGGACGGAGAACUCAUUGCCGUAGACAAGGACGGUUCCUUUUACUCGACAGCCGACUCGACCACAUUUGCGCAAAACAAGCCGGACAAGGCCGCUGUCGACCGGCUUGUAGAAGACCUGAGGAGAGCCGAGGAGAACAGACUGAAGAAGAGGAAGGACCGUAUGGCGCAGAACGGCGACGACGGCGAUGUCACGUACAUCAACGAGAAGAACAAGCAGUUCAACCAGAAGCUGGCGCGCUUCUAUAACAAGUACACUGCGGAGAUUCGGGACAGCUUCGAGAGAGGAACCAUGAUUUAA